CGUCGGCCACAAUGUCCAUGUACAACGAGCGGUACGACGACGCGCUGUCCAAAGCGGCAUGGGUGUCGAAACGCGCCGGUGGGCGGACGUACCUCUUCAAAUACGCGCCGCACCCCGACAGACCAGGGUACCUCUUCGUCGCGACCGACCUCGAGACGGUGCACUUCGAGGCGCUGACCGCGCCGUCUGUCCCCACGCGGCUGGGGCAGAUCGCCGCGCGCGACGGGGACGGGGAAGACGUCGCCUCCUUGCCGUUUGACGAGGCGCAGCGGCGGACCGACGAGAGCUUGGCCGCGCUCGCGGACGCUUUCGAUGCCGGCUUGCCUGGCGCAAGCGUCGAAGCCGAGGCGGACGACUACUUCGACGCAGUGUUCACGCUGCGCUCUGGCUCCCUGUCGUGGUUGUUCAACAUGACAAGCGAGCUGCGCGGACGCCAGCCGCUCGCCUUCGUGAGCAAGCACCUCUUGCGGCCUCUAUCAGAUCUCCUCUCGCAGGACCGCGGCGUCGAGCCAUCAGGCGACACGCCAGCCGACGUCGUCGGGUCCGUGGUGGCCGACUCGGGCGUCGCGCGCGCCUUACGCCGGAUAACCGGCGCGCCGCCGCCCGCCUCGAGCAGGGUGACCCCGGCUCCGCGCGCGUCACCCGCGCCCAAGCCAGCCCCACCACGGACCAAGUCGCCCGAGGACCGCACGCCAAAGCAGCCGCCGUCGCCGCCGCGCGGGUCGACGACGGCCGCGGCGCCGCCCAAGCUCCCGCCCAGCAGCCCGACGCCGAUCGCGCGCAGGACGCCAUAUACCUACGGCACGGGGCUGCAUCCCAGCUCGUCCGUCGCCUCCCCGACACAGCUGAAUGUGCCGACGUCGCCGAGCGGCGUGCCGGCACCAGGCUUACGCUCCAGCACGCCCCCUGCGCCGCCGGCGUUAGCCGACCUCGCGUCGUCGCCGCCCCCGCCGUCGUCCCCGCCCCUGUUCCCCUCCUCGUCCGCCCCGGAGGGCACCGACCUCCCCACGUCCACGCAAGAUCCAUUACUCAACACCCUACCGAGUAAGAAGAAGGGCAAGAAGAAGCGCGCGAAGGAGGAAGAGGCCGAGGAGGAGGCGGCGGCGGACAAGCGUCGCGAGGAGAUGAAGCGCAAGAUGGCGGCUGGGGGCGGGGCGCGCCUCGGCCGGAGGAGGGUGUAG